UAUCUAUCAGACUAGGUUAGGAAGCAGCACCUGUAUCCUCUUUGACGGCGCCGGCAGCGAUGGACACGUACGCGAUCUUUAAGGAUUACCGUCUCCUCUUUGACGUUUUCGGCAGGGCGUUCGCCGAGCACUAUUACCGGACGUUCGAGAGCAACCCGCAGGCGCUCGUAGGGCUCUACCUGGAUUACUCCAUGCUCACCUUUGAGGGCGAGAAGAUCCAGGGUGCGGCUGCGAUUGUCUCUAAACUCACUUCUCACCCCUUCCAGCAGUGCGCCCAUGCCAUCUCCACCGUCGAUUGCCAACCCUCAGGAUUUUCUGGUGGUGUUCUUGUCGUCGUUAACGGAUUCCUCCUGCUUGGUGGCGAGCAACAUCCUCGCAUGUUCAGCCAGGACUAUUCACUCCUCUCUAGUCGGCCGCUAGGAGACCAACAAGUGAUAUCAGAGCCUAACUGCUUCAAAAGGAUUAACCACCGACCGAAGCACAAGAGAUCACCGGACCGAGCAUCCACCCACCUAAGUUCAAGGGGGAAUUCGCGAACUGAAAGAAGAAGAUUGAGGUAUUUUUUAAGAUAGAUUUUGAUUUGUUAUUAAUCAUUGAGUUUGGUUUUGUAGCACCAGAGAGCAAAGAAAAAUACCAAUGGACAAGAAAGGAGCAAGCCGACUUUAUGGCAAAUGAUAAAAUAGAGUUUUAUCUGCUUAGUGUUUUACCACCUCAAGAAGUAAACCGGAUCGGAGCCUACAAGUCAGCCAAGGAGCUUUGGGAGAAAUUCCUGGAACUACACGAAGGGGCCUUGGAGGCAAAAUUCGCGUGACGGGAUCUUCUCCGGAACCAGAUAAGUAACCUCUGCUUAGAAGAAGGCGAAAUCGUCGCACACCUUUACUUAAGGAUCAAAGAACUCAUCAUCGGAUUCACGAAUUUUGGAGAAAAGUUAACUAACCAAUAUUCGCUAAGGUACGCGCUUAACGCCUUAACUAGGACUCCUGAAUGGGUCUCCUUAGUAGAUGUGUAUUACAUCUCUAAGGAUCUAGAGAUAAGUACUUUAGAAGAGUUAUUUUUAACCUUUGAAGUUCAUGAAAUAAGAUGUGCAGAUCUGAAGGAGCCCAAGCACAACAUUGCCUUAAAGGCAAAAAUGGAUGAACCUGAAUCCGAAACCUUUCUCGAUCAUGAUGAAACGAUGUUCAUGGUUAGGAAAUUUAAAAAGUUAUUUAAAACUAAUAAAUUUAAUCAAGUGCAUAGUAAAAGAAGAAAAAAAAGGGUAAGAUGCUACCACUGCGAUGAAGAAGAGCAUGCGAAAGAUAACUGUCCAAAAUUGAAGAGCAAGGACAAGGAUAAAGUCAAGAGUGUGAGAAAAUAAUCCCUCUAUGCUAACAAAGAGUAAGGACAAAAGACCAGUCCAGACAAAGCAUCGAAAUCUAAAGGCGACGUGGGACGAAACACCAUCUGAGUGAGAGAUCGAAGCCCUUGCCGGACUUACGCUAAUGACAAGUCACCAAGAAGAAGAAGAUGAAGCAAGCUUAUCCUCAAUGAGCAUCAAGAGCAUCGAAGAAGGGGGAACAUCGUCAGAAGAAAGCAACACUACAGGGGGAGCAUCAAAA